GUCGCUUUAAGAAAGUUCAAAGGGCAUCGUUUUACGCACGUGGUUAAAUCAACAUGGCUGCGCCUUGUAUAGUGUAGAGAGAAGUGGUGUAAAAAUUGGAUGUAAACAGAGAGAUGGCAGAUGUGAGUGACACCCCAGUGGGUGACCCCCCUCCCACAAAGGAGGAGAAGCCUGAAGACCAUCUCCAGGACUCCAACAAAGAUGAUGGAAACGCUGAUGGGGAGAGUGAUGCAGCCUCUGACCCCAGCAUGUACCGCUACAUUAAAAAUGACCUCUUCACAUCAGAAAUCUACAAAGUAGAGAUCAGGAAUCUCCCCAGGUUCGUCGGAUUCAACGACCUGAAGAAGUUCCUGGCCAAACACAAGCUCAGCCCGCACAAAAUCAAACUGUUUGGCAAGCAGACCUUUGCUUUCGUCACCUUCAAGAAUGAGGAAGAGAGAGACAAGGCGAUGAAGAUGGUCCACGGAAUGCAGUGGAAGGGCCAGGUGCUCAGCGUCAAGCUGGCUAAACCGAAAGCAGACCCCAUCCUGAGGAAGAGGAAGCAGGAGGAAGGAGAGAGUGCAGGAGGGCAGCCCGCAUCCAAACGAAGAGAGGGGGAUGAGGAAGAGGAGCCGCUCAGUGUCCAGAUAGCCAACGUGGUGACUCCUCUGUGGAACGUGCCUUAUGAGGAGCAGCUGAGGAGGAAGGAGCAGGAGGUAGUGGGAGUGCUGCAGAGGCUUGCCAAAGAGAUUGGCAGCACUAACAAAGCCAUGCUGCCUUGGCUUUUCGCUCAGAAAGGAAAGUACGACAAAAUGUGUUGUCCUCUGGAAGCUAUCCGACCUUCUCCUACACAGACAGAGUACAGAAACAAGUGCGAGUUCCUCAUUUCAGUGGGCGCAGACGGCGAGGAUAAGACUAUCGGUUUCCGCCUGGGGAAAUACAAAGGCGGCUCAUGUGCUGUGGUGGGGCCGGCUGAAACGUGCCAUGUCUCAGUGGAGGCAAAGAGAGUGGUCAGGGAGUUUCAGAAGUUCAUCAGGACAACACCAUACUCUGUGUACAGCCCUGAAACAUAUGAAGGACACUGGAAGCAGCUGACUGUGCGGACAACGAGGACCAAACAAGCCAUGGCUAUAGCUUUCUUCAACCCACAGAAACUUGAAGAAGAGGAAAUCAACACGCUAAAAAGCUCUAUGAGGGACUACUUUACAGAAGGAGAGGGGAAAGACAGUGGAGUGACCUCUCUUUACUUUGUCAGAGAGGGUCAGAGGACUUCUCCUAACCUGGAGGACUUGCCCUGUGAGCUGGUAGCUGGAGAGGGCAGCAUUCACGAGGAGCUUCUGGGUCUAAAGUUCAGAAUUUCUCCUCAUUCAUUCUUCCAGGUGAACACAGGAGCUGCAGAGGUGCUGUACUCUGCUGUGGGAGAGUGGGCUCAGCUGGACCAGGACAGUACUGUACUGGAUGUGUGCUGUGGAACCGGGACCAUCGGCAUCUCUCUGGCUAAGAGGGUGAAGAAGGUGAUUGGGAUUGAGCUGUGUCAGGAGGCAGUGGAGGACGCCAAAGUUAACGCAAAACUCAACGGUCUGAGUAAUGUUGAGUUCCACUGUGGAAAAGCAGAGGACGUGUUUCCCAACAUCCUCAGUGCUCUCGUGUCACCCAACAUCACAGCAAUCGUGGAUCCACCGAGGGCAGGUCUACAUUCCAAAGUGGUGCUUGCCAUCAGGAGGGCGGAACAUCUAAAGAGGCUGGUUUAUGUGGCGUGUAACGCUAAAGCGGCCAUGAACAACUUCAUUGAUCUCUGCAGAGCUCCAUCCAACAGAGUUCACGGUGCCCCGUUCCGUCCAGUACGAGCCAUGGCGGUGGAUCUGUUCCCUCAGACCAUGCAUGUGGAGAUGCUUCUGCUGCUGGAGAGAGUGGACUACAAUUCCCAGCAGCAGCAGACCAGCAGCACUCCAGAAGAAACAGCAUCUUAGCUUUAAACACAAAAGCCUCUCUUAUUAGUGCGCACCCCGUCAGCACCUGACGCAGCUUCGGAAACAUGAGCAUUAGUAGCUUCUUAGUUUCCUGUGAUUUGUUUAAGUAUUGACAAGGCUUUAGUCUUAAUUUCUCUGAAUAACAAAUUAGCUCUGUCCUGUCCAGUCAAGCACUCUUCUUUCAGAAUAAAAUUCGAAUUAUGGACUGCAUUCCUUUGCCUGUUCUUUCUCUGUAGUAAGAGAAAUUCGUUUUACAUUAAGGACUGUACUGUCUUCAGACCACACAGCAACCCAGAUGGUAAAUUUAGUGUUUGGCUUCCUCUGUUCAGCUGUAAACAGGAAAUAAACAGCUCCACCCGA